AUGUCAACACCUCCGCGGCCUCCUUGCCUGCAGGCGGCCAUGGACAGGGCCGCCUGGUACCUUCCCCGGGUAUCAUUCUUUGAAUCUGCGGAUAUUUUAAAUGAUGAAGAAAGUACUACUGACCUGAAGAAAUGUCAGAAGAAGCCCAGAGUUUUGGGGCGCUCUAGCAGUUAUCUGUCCUCCUGGCCUGCGUACACACCAAGCCUGUUCAAACUAAAGCCUUGCGCUCAGCCUGAAUGGAAAAGGUACAUCAUCAAAAGUCAAGAUCUUCCCACUUCAAAGCCACGCUACCUUGAAAUGCUGGAAAACCACCUGCGGACCGAGCUGCAGUCUCUGGAUCUCACAAAAGGGAGAACUCAGGAACUGAGACUCCAGCCUUAUAGAGAAGUAUUUGAGUUCUUCAUGGAUGAAUUCAAAACCUACAAGCCCUUGUUGGCAUCUAUCAAGAGGGAAUAUGAAGCAACUAUAGCGCAUCUGCGGGAGAAAAUCUACUCCUUGGAGUCUGUGAACGCCUACUUGGUCACAGCCUCCGACCAAUGCACUCAGAAGAUCCUGACCUUCCAGGAGCAAGAGAAAGUUGAGAUAGCACAACUGCAGCAAGAGAGGAUCCGCCUGCUGCAGAUCAUCGACCAAAUGAAGGAGAAGAGAUCAUCUCUGGAGGUCCAGGUGAGUAAGCUACGGAAGUCAGUGGCUGAGGAGAACCUCCACUAUCUGAAUGAGCGUGACGCCCGCAAGCUGCUGCUGCUGGAUCUCAACGAGAUGUACCGACUGAAGGAGGAAACGAAGCUCAGCAAAGUCCAAGACGAGAAGGGAGAAGAUCCGGUGAUGCUAAUGCUUGCUUUGAAGACAGCGCGGCGGGACCUUACCAAAGCCCAAAUAGAGCUGAACACCAUGAGAGCCAACUAUGGGGACGUGGUGCCCAGAAGAGACUUGGAAUCUCAGGAGAAAAAAUAUAACGAGUUGUCUGAACAGAUGACGGUUCUUCAGGAGGACUUUAAAGAUCUGCAAGAGGAAUACAACACAAUGCUGGAGGUCCACAAGCAGGUGGCGGAGGAGCGAGACCAGUUUUACAACGAACUUCUCAAUGUCCAGCGCAAUUGUACACCCCGUCCUGAGUGGGAUAAAUGUGCAGAGGUGAUUUCUGGUGGGCCUGAGCGCUGGAAUGCUCUGUCCGAAGGCAAGACUAGUGACCAGCUAGUGGAUGUGCUUCUGGAGGAUCUCGGGGCGAUGAUGCUGAGAGAGAGAGAAACCUUCAUAGCGCUGGGGAAAAGUGAUAAAAUCCCUAUAUUCCUGAGAUACGAUGGUCAGGUUCGAAACAAGAAGUUGUCCAAGAAGGAGGUUGUGUCCAUCCUAAGGGAAAUCUGGAGAGAAAAGACUUUAACGGACCAACAGAAAGGAACGCGAUCCAGCCUGCCAGAUUUCUUCCUCACCUACUUCCAGAGAAAGUACGGUGACAUAAUUGCCUUUGACUGGACGUACACGACCUUCGAAAUCAUGAAGCUCUAUCGGUCCAACGAAGCAAUGUCCAUGUUUUUUAACAUACUGACUGGAAACCUUGACGAAGGGGUGUACCACAACCACCUCCAGCAUCUCAGCACUCUGUUAAAGGAACUGACUAAUGUGGACGUGGGCAAUACGGGCCAGUUGACCAGUGAACAAUUCAUCAUAGCCCUAAAGGCAGCUUUCCCCUUCAAGACUGACGAACAGAUUCAGGAGUUAGUAGAGGCUGCAGGCUACAGGCCAGAGACUCCUGAGGAGUUCAUUCUCUACAGGCUCUUAUUCUUGGAGGAUGAGGAGGGGAGAGCAGAACCCCUGGUUGUGAAGAUGAAAGAUCAGUAUAUCAACGAGAAGCAAGCGUAUCUACAUGACCUGCGUGCUGAAUUGAGAAGCAUGGAGGUGAGACCAGAUGACCUGAGGGCAGCUUUCUAUAUAGCUGACCCCGGCUUGCCUGACCAAACCCUGGAAUCCUACAUCACCUACGUCUUCCAGACUUCUGGAGAGCAACUGGAUUCUGCUGCCUCGCUGCCGGUAGAAACGGUGAUGCAGAAGCUUUCAAGCCUGGACCUCAGACGACAAGGAAAUCUUCCGGGAGAGGCAAGGGGAAUGGCAGAAGAAUCAUCAAUUGUCAUCUGA